UCGAAGGUUGCUGGUCGCCGCUCCGUUGUCGCUUACGAUCGGUGUGUGUGUGUGUGUGCGUGCGAUUCCGGCCGAUUGAUCGGUUUUGUUUUCUGCUCUUUCUCACUUUCUCGCCGGUAGGAGCUCAGGUCUCUCAGGUGUAUCAUUCCGAACGACAACGACGGUGGGGAAAUCUGUGUGUCGGUUGGAGAAAAAUGCGCGUACGGGCUGGUUAGAGGGGACCCCGUUAAUCGGUGAUUCGUUUGUGACUCCUCUUCGAUCGCCGGGAUGGGCGGGGAUUUGGCGUCAGGAACGCGGAUGUGUAUUCAAAUGCAGUUGAGAAGUCGAAUUGUCAAUCUCUCGCCGGCGUCUCCGUAGGAUCACAGCAGUGUACGGUCGCGUUUGUGCUCGAGCGUUUACGGAGUUUGUCAGCGGGAUGACCAGAACGGUCUUCAACUUGGCAUCCGCCGAUGCGGUCUCGCCGACCACUAAGCAGUGAUUAAUGGACCGAAUCUAUUGAAUCGAGGCCGACCGGCGGAAAAUCGGCCGGUAGUGAGAUUUGGCACCGUAGAAAGAGAUAGAUAGAUAGGUGGAUAGAGAAAGAAAGGGGGGAAGGGAAACGUGGUGCGGGUGAGAGCAGAGAGAAAAGUGAUUUUAUUCCUGUGAGUGCGGAAACCCGUCCGUGACGAAAACUCGAAGGACCAUGACGGAGGGCGAGCCCAACAUCAGUGACCUGAUGACGAAGAACAAGCAGCGAUAUCGGCGGCGUUUGCUAGUCUGCGCCCUCGUCGUCAUAAUUGUGCUGGCUUUGGUGAUUGCGGCGACGAUCCUUUUGACCGGCAAACCAGGUACCUCGGCGUCCACAACGGACAGCGCGCCUGGCAUCUCUCUGUCGGAAUGGCUCUCCGGUUCGUUAUCCCCCGAGAGCUUCAAUGGCACGUGGAUCAGCGGAGAUGAGAUCCUCUACCGAGACGAGAUAGGCAAUCUGUUGAUCUACAAUGUCAGCUCAGCCACAUCCGAGAUCCUGUUGGAUUCGAACAACGCUGUUCUACUGUCGAGUUACGAUCAUCAGUUAUCCGCCGAUAGGAAGUACCUCAUGUUUACUCUCAAUCUUCAAAAGCUGUACCGAUACACGUACCUGGCCCAUUACGGGAUCGUGAACCUGGAGACUCUGGCGGAAACGAUAUUGGCGGCGAACGAGUCGACGCCGCUGCAACUCGCGAAGUGGGCGCCACACGGCAACGCUCUGAUCUACGUGCAUCAGAAUAAUAUCUACUACAGACCGGAAGCAGAGGUGGCCAAUGACUAUCAAAUAACCAACACGGGGGUGUACGGAAGUAUCUACAACGGUGUGCCCGAUUGGGUAUACGAGGAGGAAGUGUUCAAUUCGAACGCGGCUCUUUGGUUUUCUCCGAGCGGCAAUAAAUUGGCAUUCGGCUAUUUCGAUGACUCAAACACCCCUAUUAUGACCAUACCGUUUUACGGAUAUCCCGGAAGCUUGACCUUCCAGUACACAUCGGCAAUACCGAUUCACUACCCCAAGAGCGGCACGACGAAUCCAACGGUGAAGCUGUUCUGCGUCGACCUGGACAUGGUGGUGCAGGGCAACGUGACCUUGGUGGAGAUCGAACAUCCGCCGGAGCUGUCCACCACUGAAAGAGUCCUGUCGGCGGUGAGCUUCCCCACGGACGAGCUCGUCUACGCGACUUGGAUGAACCGGGUGCAGAACAGGGCGUAUUUCCAGCUCUGUAACGUCGACAGCCUGCUGCCAAAUUGCACGACAGCGCUGUCGUAUAGCGAGAAAAAUGGCUGGGUGGAGCAGUUCGAAGCGCCUGUCUUCAGCGACAACGGUACGUCGUUCAUCCUGAUAUUGCCGCAGAAACAAAAGAAUGGCACCGAUUGGAGACACGUUGUGCUGGUUACGAAUGCAACUAGCGACAAUCCGACCACCACCGCCCUAACAUCCGGUUAUUUUGUGGUGGCAGAGAUAGUGACGUGGGAUCAGGAGGGCUCGUAUCUAUAUUACCUGGCCACUUCGGAGCACGACUCGGCGGUCCAGCACUUAUACAGAGUGUCACUGUUGGACCCGGAGCGCAAGUCAGCGUGUUUGAGUUGCAACAUUGUCCGCGAAACGGAUGGCAGUCGCUGUUUGUACAACACCGCUAAAUUCUCCGCUGACAAUUCGCAUUACGUGCUUACGUGCGCCGGACCCGGAGUGCCGAGCAUAGCCAUCUACAACAAGGAUUCCACAUUGCUCUUCAUGUGGGAGGCCAACAGCGCGGUAGCGGAGAUAAUAGCCGAGAAAUCGCAGCCGAUUGUCCACAGAUACGAGCUUCCAGUUUCCAAUGACUUCAGCGCCCAAGUGAAGCUCCUGAUACCACCCGGUGCUGAUUUGAGCGGCGCUACCAAAUAUCCCAUGCUGAUUCAAGUGUACGGCGGGCCGGGCUCGAAUCUGGUGACUGAGAAGUUCAACGUCGACUGGGGCACGUGUCUCGUAACGAACAAAAGUAUCAUACUCGCCAUCAUCGACGGCCGCGGCUCCGGCUUAAUGGGUAACGACAUGCUGUUCGCCGGAUAUCGGCGUCUCGGCACCGUCGAGAUCAUCGAUCAAAUCAACGUCACCAGGCGUCUGCAGGACAAAUUACCCUUCAUCGACCGUACUAGAACAGCGAUAUGGGGCUGGAGUUACGGUGGAUACGCGACCGGCAUGACACUAGCCAUGGACCUGGACGGUGUCUUCAAGUGCGGCAUGUCCGUCGCGCCUGUUACGGACUGGGCUCUUUACGAUUCGAUUUACACGGAGCGAUUCAUGGGCUUGCCGACCAUCACCGAUAACCUGCAAGGCUACGAGCAAGGCCAGCUGCUCAACAAGGUCGAGAACAUUAAGAACAAGAUGUAUUACUUGAUCCACGGGACCCUGGACGACAACGUGCACUAUCAACAGUCGCUCAUGCUCGCGAAAGUCUUGGAGCAGAAGGACAUCCUCUUCAGACAACAGACUUACACGGACGAGGAUCACGGCAUCGACAAGUCGCGGACACACCUAUACCACUCACUGGAGAACUUCCUGGACGAGUGCUUUCAGACGUCGUCAUGAUCGGAGCACGGAUUAGUGAUGACAAUCUAGACGCUGUAUACCACCUGCCUCAUUUACACACUUGUAAAUACUAUAUCACGUGUACAUAGUUUAUGUACGAUAUGUAAUAUGAGCGUUUAGUGUAUAUAGCGGCGGGGAAUCGCGGUGGGAACCGACUGGAGGAACGGCGCGAGUAGAGGAAGCCAAUAAAAGCGUUACAAAGCGCUUCGAAAUGUCUUCUUCCUCUCCAUCUAUCUUUUGGAUCCGAAUAAAGGGCGGAUUGGAAAGAGGAGUAUUUCGAAGCAUUUGCAGUGCUUGCUGGACCGCAUCUUACGGCAACAGUCGUCGCGAAACUGCACAGGGCAGGUCUGUGAGGGAAGCAUCUUUGAUACAUUUUCUAAGGUAACCCGAUGGAACGGUGCAUUAAAAGGCCUAAUGACGGCGGGGUCGCCUCGCUGUCGAGACCCCACAAAGUACUAAAGGUACUAUUUCGGUAUUUCUCGUUGCAGUUCGCUCAUUUGUUCGCGCUUUCGUAUCGUAAAUAUCGCGUAUAUCGGCCGCGCAAACUGGUUGUUCUCUCCGGAUGGUCAAACGACGGUCGAGCUUGAUGCAACGUCGAGUUCGCGUCAUCGCGUGAAAACACGAGGCGACGCCUUUCACCGUUGACAAAGUCAACGUAAAAGGUCCCGUUGUGAAUCUUUGACGCCGGCGACAUCGCGUCAUCUGAGCAAAGCUCCCCGAUGAGGUGGAUCUACCGAAGUUGUGAAGUUUGUGUGAAAUUGGUAGUGAAAUUUGAUAGAAAUUGUCACGAAACGAUCGUCGUUGGACGUACACUUGUACAUUUUUGGUGGACUCUUACGGUUGUCUCGGAGCGAAUCAAAUUGUGAAUAUGUUUGACCAUCUGAGGUAACAUACGUUUCUGACAUUAAUACGGUAGAUUCGUUCGAUUCUUUGUUACUGUAUUCGUGCAGCUUCUUAGACGGUAUCGGAAUAUUCACAUAUAUGAGUUCAGUCAUUAGAUUCCCGGAAUUUUAUAGGCUUUUUAGUCAUUUUCGCAAUGUACAAACGUGAUAUUCGUAUGCCACUCGAGACGAAAUUGAAAAGAAGCAUUUCUCCCUCGAUGAGUACCGGUAAUACGAUGCACUACAACUUAGAAGCGACAGGGAAAUACUUUUCGUUUCAAAACAUUUCGAAAAACAUAGGGAUUUAUUUUAAGAUAUAUUUUUAAUGAAGAAACAAUGUGUCGAAUGACAUUUUCGGUGUACUGUGAAACACGAAUGCUUCGUCCGCAAAUAAUUUAUCAUCGAUCAUUGGGUAUCCUGUUGACGAGAAAAUUUAGAAAACUGCAGUGCACGAUACAUAGUAUCGCGCGUAUACUGUCUGACAAUAAGAUUAUCACCGACUACGCUCCCCGAAGUGUGACAGUUAUUACGGCCUACUGAACGCGACGUGUAAAAUUACUUUUAUUCGCAUCUGACAUAUAUUUGCCAAGCAUUUACAAUGUAAAGGUUAAACUAUCGAUAUUGGAUUCACAGUUAAUUUACUUACGAUAUGCUGAAUCAUUAACUUGAUUUUAAUAUCAUAAAAUGAAUUCUCUGAACUCAUAUAUGUUAUCUUAAGGCUCUGGAAUACUCAGCAAAAAUACGAAAUUCUUACGUGUAACAAAGAACAAAUUAAUAACAUCGAUUACCCUAAUAUAUGACAUUAACAAUUACUAUUACAAGAUAAUUAUACUGUUGUGCUACUUAAAGCUUUGAUGAACUAAGGAUAUUGUACAAAUAAAAUCGAUUGAACUCUAUGACAUCCACCGACACAAUGUAAUCAAUUAAUAAUACGUAAAAAUCCAAAUUGUAUACAUGCAAGAGAAAGCGGGGUUUUUUCCGAGCGGAUUAAUUUUUGGAAUAUAUUUAGGGCUGUCCUCUCCUGAAAAGAGAGCCGUGCAUUUUCACAGCGCCGUCUCAUAUGAUCGAUUGUUAUAAUAUUCGAAAUCUUGAAAAUAAAUGUGAAAAACCGCAGCAUAAAAGCAGCAAGCAAGAUUUCUACUCUCAGAAUCGACGAUGAUGUACGUAAAAGCAAUGUUUUGUAAACGAUUUAUAGUUAGGCGACAUCAUAUUAUUUUUGUUAUCUAAACAACACCGUUGCACAUUUUGAGAGAGAUGUUUCACUACAAAAAAAAAAUAUAUAUAUAUAUAACGUGUACAAAGACAUAAAGAACGUGUAAUAAGAUAAAGAGUUAUGAUAGUGCAAGCUAUAUAUUCAAAGGCAUAAUGUUUUUUUUUUAUAAAACAUAUACUAUAUGCUGUCAGAUAUAUAAUAUUUGGAAAUAAGAGCAUCGUUUUAUAACAUUGUUGUUAUAAAAUAUUAUAAUCCCCCCCCCCCUCAUGUUAUUUUAAUGAAAUAUAUAAGAAUGUCUCAAAUGCGUGGUGCACACACACAUAUACACAUACAUAUUAACGACGACUCUGUCCUCUUCGAAACUUUCAGAGUCGAUUUUACCGCGCGACGAAUGCUUUGUUACGCACGAUUAUUUCCAGCAAGAUCGCAACUGCUUUUUAAUUUUCUAUACCCUUAAAUGCCUCAUAGUAAAAUCCCUCUCGAAUUCAAGGUAAAAUCGGCUCGAAGUUUCCUCAAAGAUAGGCAGACUUUACAAAGGCGUGUCUACAUUGGUUCCCCGUAUUUUCGCUUUUUGAACGAAUGAGGAUUCACGUGUUCCAAAUGUAUGGAGGGAAAAAAAAAUGCGUCUCUUAGGUAUUUUAAGCAUCAUAUUUCUCUAUUUUAUAGCGCUUGUGCGAUGUGGGUAUACCAGAGUGUUAAGAAAGUGCAAUUACGCUUGAUAUCCUAUUUGUAUUUUGUAUUCUUAUUGUAUUUGUAUACGUAAUCUAAGUAUUGCCGUGUGUACGUAUGAAGUUCAGCGAUUAAUUCACUGGCAUACUUUUCCUUAACAUGAGAUAGCAUAUCUACUUCUUAUUAUUGUUAGAUUACGGGCAGAUAUUAGUGCCGAUGUGUAAAUGCACACAUAGGAUAAGCAAAAGACUAUCGACAAACUCUCUAACUAUUGAAGUUUUUUAACACAAGGACCACCGUACCAAUUUCGAGAGUGGAUCAAGAUGAAUUUAUUAAAAUAAUUGUUAACUUUUAUCCCGACAUGCGCGCAUUGUACAUACAGAAUUACUUAAUUGAACACUUAACUAAGGUAAUGUCGCAUUGUUAGAAAGAAAAAAAAAA